UUUAUGGGAGUUUACAGGAACCAAAAGUAAAGACCAAAACAUGGAAAAGAAGAAAAAAAGUUGAGAAAAGACAAAGGCGAGUGUGAAGAACGCGUCAUGGAGUUAAAGCAAAGAACGCGCCGUGUCAACAGUUGAUCCUAGUGCAACAAACACCUGUCUCCCUCUUCUUGUUCUUACACUUCUCUCUCUUAGCUUCCUCAUCCUUAACUUGUUUCUGUCUGUCGGUCAGGCCUUUCUUUUUUUUUUUUUCCUUCUCUUGGCCACUGUGUCAUCACACCUUAGCCCUCUCAACCAAAAAAAAUACUAUAUAUAUACUAGCUCUUUCGCUUUAAGGAAGCUAUGAUUGGCAGAGAAAUCCUCCUUAAGAUGAAGGAAAAAGUACAAGAAAAAGUUGGCUUAGGUUCCACAGCUGAAUCUGGAAAAGGGAAAAGUAAGAUGUCAAAGAACAUAACACAUGGUUAUCAUUUAGUGAAGGGGAAAGCACAUCAUCCCAUGGAAGACUAUGUUGUUGCAGAAUUUAAGCAAGUUGGUAACAGCGAGCUUGGUUUAUUUGCUAUAUUUGACGGUCAUCUGAGCCAUAUUAUUCCUGAUUAUUUGAAGUCACAUUUGUUUGAUAAUAUCUUGAAUGAGAUUCCAUUUUCUGUCAAGCAGCCUGACUUUUGGACAGAACCAGAGACUGCAAUUAGAAAAGCAUAUCAUAUAACAGAUACAAAUAUAUUGGAAAAAGCAGUUGAUUUGGGCCAAGGGGGUUCAACGGCAGUCACAGCGAUAUUGAUCAACUGCCAGAAGCUAGUAAUAGCAAAUGUUGGUGAUUCUCGGGCUGUUAUCUGCAAGAAUGGUGAGGCUGUACAGUUAUCAGUUGAUCAUGAGCCCUCCACAGAAAAGGAGAGAAUUGAAAAUAGAGGUGGUUUUGUGUCAAACUUUCCAGGGGAUGUUGCUCGUGUUGAUGGGCAGUUGGCAGUGGCAAGGGCAUUUGGUGACAAGAGUUUAAAGAAACAUCUUAGUUCAGAGCCGGAUGUGACCGUAGAAAUGAUUGAUGAUGAUACAGAGUUAAUAAUAUUGGCAAGUGAUGGUUUAUGGAAGGUAAUGACAAACAAAGAAGCUGUCGAUGCUAUCAGGAACAUUAAGGAUGCUCAGUCUGCAGCAAAGCACCUAACUGAGGAGGCUGUUAAGAGGAACAGCACAGAUGACAUCUCCUGCAUUGUUGUAAGAUUUUAGUGAUCUUAAGCGUGGGAACUCUCCUGCUUUCAUAUGAUAACAAACUCCUUUCAAAUGAUGUGCAUGCACCUUUGUUAUGCUAAUAGAAUGUUAUGCAUAUUUUGUGUCAUAUUAGAAGCUUUCUAUACAUAAGCAAAAUGUACCGAAGCUGCCUAAUGGACUAGAUGAGAUUCAGAUGUAAACUCCUUAUUUUUCUGCUCAAUAUACCUAGCUAGUUGCUUCUGUCAUUGCAUCAACGUUCAUUUUAAGUCAAUUGGAGUUGGGCCAAGUUUUAUG